CGCAUGCGAGCUGCACCGUGCUACUCACUUGCUCACUAUGGUUAAGUGACCGGAUCUAUGAACGAUGGGACCGAGCGUCUACACCUUGCAGCCAAGACCUUGAUUUACUCCAAACAGCCGAGACCGCAGCAGAAACACGGAGCCCGUCGUAGUUUCAAGGAUGUUCUUUCCAGAUGUGACUUUCUCGGCUGUAAAUUAUGCACUUGUGUUGGGAAUAACGUGCUUGACCGUCUUCUGCAACUUCACCAAAGGUUCUACUGAGUUUUCAGGCUACCUGUCCAAAGUACUGCAGAACUUCACGGCGCAGGCCUGCGAUGGUGACUACUUCUCCGUCAGCUGUCCUCCCCACACCACCAUCAGCAUCCAGUCAUCCUUCUAUGGCAGGAGUGGCUCCGCCCCUGCGCAAUGCCCGCCCCGUUCUGUCCAUUUCCCCGCCCACCUGGCAGGAGAUGACACCCACUGCUUUGUGUCCACAUCAUCACAGAAGAUGCUCACUGAGUGCCAGGACAGGCGGAGCUGCCGGUUCUUCGUCAACAGCCGUCUUUUCGGGACGGACCCCUGUCCCAGCAGUAGCAAAUACCUCAUUGUGUGGUAUAAAUGUCGCCCCAACGAGUACAAGAACAAGGUAGCCUGUGAGGACAAACAGAUGAACCUGAGCUGCAGAAGGGGGAUGCUGAUCGCUGUCUACUCAGCCUCCUUUGGGAGGACCCAACAAGGCGUCCAGGAGUGCCCGCUCCAAAACCAGAGGGCGCCGGCAGUAGAGUGCCAAUCAGGUGGCGCUCUUGCAGUGGUGAUGUCCCUCUGCCAAAGGAAGAGGAACUGCUCCAUCCAGGCUUCUGCCAGGGAGUUUGGAGACCCCUGCUAUUCCGGGAUCCGCAAGUACCUCAGCGUCAUCUACUCCUGUGUCCCCAAGAAGCUGCUCCAGGACGUCACAACCGAACAAACAGGGAACACACCCCUCCAUCCCAAUGACCUCAACAUCGUAGGAGACGGCGCCCCACUCAACAGAGCUGAGCUCGUGACCUCUGACCCUCAGCCAGGGAAGAAGAAUCGAGGGAGGAAGUCGGGUGUGUUUUCAGUGGACGAAACCUUUCUGGGCAAUGGAAACAAGAUCCCAUCGCAGACCCUGAGGCCUGGAGUGGACUCCACUGCGCUCAGCAUUGAGAUGGCGCUGGUCAGCAAUGCCCUGGCAGCCUACACCUACUUAGCAGAGCACCCUGAGCGCGCUGCCCUCUAUUUCGUGUGUGGUGUCUGCCUGGGUCUGGUCCUCACGCUACUCGCCCUGGUGGUUCAGAUCUCCUGCCGCACGGACUGCCGUCCCCGGGUGCCCCAGAAGCGAGCCCGAGGCCCGCCCAGCUCCAGCGACACCAGUGACAGUGACUCGGACUGGGACUCGGGCUCGGACCUGUCAGCGCGGCGACACCGGCGCUUCGAGCGAACGCUGCACACGAACGUGUUCACGUCGGCUGAGGAGCUGGAGCGAGCCCAGCGGCUGGAGGAGCGGGAACGCAUCAUUCGUGAGAUCUGGAUGAACGGGCAGCCCGACAUCCCUGGCACACGCAGCCUCAACCGCUACUACUAGCCUGGUGACGUUGCUGCCAACUGGGCCACGCUGGGCCACAUGCUUCCGGGCCUGCUAUCCUGGGAGGUGCGGAAGACUACCCCCCUCCUCAACCCUCAGCCAGGUGGAAUAAGCUUUCAGGAAGGUUCACCUCUGAACUUCGAAUCGCCGGAGCUUGAGGUAUAGACACAGAAUGAUGCCGAAGAUUGCGUCCGUCUUUUCGUCCACCGUCAUCCAAUCAGAAAGGGCCGCAACCACGGCUGAGGGCCCCACGCCUUAUACAACAGAAGGAUAAUUCGGCAACGUCGGUCUGUGAAGGGACGGGUUCGAAGAAACCCGCAGGGAACGUCUGGAGAAUUGCUCGCCAAGCAGUGCUCCGAAUCCAGUAUUCAGGAGACAAAUCUGAGGAUUUUUUUUUCUUAAUUGUUGGGGAAAUUAAAAAUGAAGCAGCAAUAUGAGGCUACUACAGGGCAUUGGUCUUCGAAAUGACCAUUAGUCGGACAGCAACCUAAAAAAAAAAAACUGUUGCCUUAGCUACCAACCAAAAACAUUAUAAAUUCAUCUCCCACCUGAAUAUAUGUUGGUAUUUAAUAG